AUGGCGGAUAAUGGUCUCAAGAGAAGGAGAGAUUCGGAGGGUGCUGAUGCAGCCGACAACAAAGCCACGAAGCGGCGGCAAAAGCUCCGGCACCGACAGCUCGAUGGAGACGAAUUGAAGCUACUGAAGCUCUAUGAGGACCUGGCGGCCGAAUCUGACAAUGUCCGCCUCGAAGCCGCCAAGCAGCUCAUCAUGAGAUUCUCACCGGAUGCUGACCCUGCUCCGUCUGCCGAAGCUGUGGAGAAGGCUUUGAAUCGUAUCAUUCGAGGUCUUUGCAGUCAGCGCAAGGCGGCACGUGUUGGAUUCUGCGUCACCCUAACCGAAUUGCUUCGACAGUUGUUCGGUUCUAGUGGGAAGAAGAUCGAGGGUUUCAAUGUUGAUGUUAAGACUCUCAUUGGUCUGGUUGAAGAGAAGACGAAAGUAGAGGGCAAUGUCCCUGGACAGGAGAGGCGUGACCAUUUGAUUGGCAAGCUGUUUGGCUACAAGGCCAUGAUGCAAUCGUCGAUCUUGCUCGAGCCAGAAUUUUCUCCGGAAUGCUGGAACACUGUCCUGGACCACAUCUAUGGAAUGGCACGCGACGUACCCUGGCUUCGAGAGGAAUGCGGCUUGAUCCUCGUCGAGGCUGUAAAGAGCCUCAAAGAUCAUUCGGACGGUAGCACUGCUGUUUCAGACCUUGUGCAACGGCUCGACACUUUCAAAUUGACCAACACGCCUGAGGGUGUCGCUAUCUGGCUUGCUGCCCGUGCGGAUUUCAAGGACGUUCUUCCAAGCAAUGUUUGGCACCAUGAUGAUCCGCUUUCAAAGAAGGAGAGGUCGAGAUUGGCAAAGAUUUUGAAGGAAGACUUCCGCAGCGUCUCGCAAGAUGGAAAGGAGGAGGCCAUUAAGUCAGCAGCUGCCAACCCAAAUCCAAUCUUUGCAUGGGAUUUGGUUCUCUCUGAAAUCCUACGCAGAGAUGAAGAAGCAAAGGCAAAGAAGAAGGAUUCCGCGAAGACGGACUUUCCGCAGUUCUGGUUGGACACUGUUGAUGGCAAUCUCCUCUCGUCGUCAUCCUCGCAUGAAAAGAAACUAUGGGGUAUCAAGCUUUUCACUACGCUCAUCAACGCCAUCCCUGACUGGGCGAUUCCUGCACUGUUCAGUCCUAACUUGAUGCGUACUUUGAUCAAUCAGAGCAGAAAGGGGGACAGGUUUUUGCACGCUGCAGCAUUGGCAGCCCUGAAGGGUGUCCAGCACAGAGUGCAGCGACAAGGAGAGGCUGCAUUGCCUAUAUUCGAAGCCAUGACGACCAAGAAUGGCACGAUUGAAUUCGACAAGCUCACUCAAACCAAAACCCUCGAGCAGAUUCUGCUAUCGACCGAUGACGAUACUCUUCGUGAACUUGUCGGCCACUUGCGAUCUCUUGUUCUCCGACCGGAUACACAAGACCAGGCCACUGCAGCCUCCCGUCGCCAGACAAUCGCCGACCUGCUUCUCAACACCGUGAAACAGUACAAGCAUUACGACAGUGACGUCUUCAGCAGUGGUGACGAGCUUGACAACUGGCUCCGAACUGUUUUUGAUGUGCUCAUUGAACACGCGUAUUUCAUCCCAACAGAGAGCGCGAAGACCAGCAAAGUACCACUUCCACCCAUCACGGAUGCCACCCGCAAGAUCUUCCAAGAGCGACUGGCUUCUUGCCUCACGCGACUACUCAAGGUCGACACGGCAUCCAGGUCAUCUUUUGCAAAGCUGAUCAUCGAUAUUAUUCGGAAGAAGGCUACUUCAUCGAAGCAUCUGACGCUUCUGUUCAAGGCUGAAAAGCUUGUCAUGAAGACAAUCGAUGAUGCAUUCCAGUCCCUGGAUGCCAUCGCCGCUAAGAAAAGCAAAAGUAAGAAGAAGUCGACCUCCGAAGGUCUGGUCUUGCUUUAUUCGGUCGCUCUCCUCCAGGUAUUCGAGGGUGACACCGAUGCCGUCAUGCUGCUCGAAGAAUUAGAUGCAGCCCGCAAGUCUCUCGACACGAAGAGCAAGACAUCAUCUGAAGAUCAAAGCCCAUUUGUAGAGAUCAUCCUCUCCUUCCUAGGAAACCCCCGUGUCUUAUUCCGCAACAUCGCCCAGGAUGCUUUUGGCGUGUUCGCGGCCGAUAUCACCGCCGAAGGCCUGCAGUCUUUAACAGAGCUCCUGGAUACCCCAGAAAACGAAAACGGCCAGAAGGAGCUAUUUGCUCAGGGUGACGAGGACGCAGAAGAAGCGGGUUCCGGCAGUGAGGACGAUGACGAGGACGCCUCAGACGUCGAGAUGGUUGAUGGAGAAGACAAGGCUGAGAACGACAGCGCAGACGAUUCCGAUUCGGACUCAGCAGACGCAGAUGAGGACGAUGAAGAAUUGACAGCAUUCGAUAACCUGCUAGCGCAAACCCUCCAAACCUCCAGGGCAAACGUCGACCCCGACGCCCAAGAUGACUCUUCCGAGGAAUCAGACAUGGACGACGAUCAGAUGAUGGCCCUGGACCCCCAUCUCGCCAAAAUCUUCAAGGAGAGGAGCAAGGUCACCAACAAGAAGAAGCAGCGCCAGGAUGCAAAGCAGACCGUGGUGCAGUUCAAGUCACGCGUGCUCGAUCUCCUCUCCAUCUACUUGGAGAAACAGUACUCCAAUCCCCUCAGCAUCGAGGUCCUCUUGCCGCUCCUCCGACGCAUUCGCACCGGUGCCAACAAUCCUCUCACGAAGAAGAUCGACGGCGUCGUCAAGGCAUACACAGUCACUCGCAAGAACCGCAAGACGCCUCUCCCCACGCCCACCGAUGUCUACCACGUCUGGAAGACACUGGACUCCAUCCACGAGGAGAUGAAGCUGGGCGGCUCGAGCAUCCACGCCACGGCAUGCAGCAACGCCAGCCUCCACCUCGUCAAGAUCCUGGUCAAACUCGACAAAGCCAACUACGCCAAGGUCGUCGACGUCUACGCCGCGAUCCAGAAAGAGUGGUUCAUGGAGAAGAAGUCCAAGAUCCACCCAGUCCUCUUCACCGCGUUCCAAACGUGGUCGACGUCAAUGAUGUUGGGUGGAAUUCCACUUAUGGGGAAUUUGAGUAUGCUUUGCCACGGGAUAAUUUCUCAUCAUUGUAGAUCUUUUGAUGAUGUCGUAGUGCUAGCUCUUUUAAGUAGUCUUUCGUUCUUGAGAUUGCCUAAUGGCAACAGAUACACUGUCUUAAAUCAAUCUAAUGAUCUAGCGGAGAGAUCUGUACAAGAUAUCAAUCAUAAAAUGUUAAAUAUAUCAUUUAGAGGAGGUGCCAAUUCGAAAUGCCAUACGGAAAAAAUGGCCUGCACGCACAUCAACGCACCAGGUAAAGGCCCCCGCCCUCCGCCUCGCAGCUGCAAACUUCGUGCCCCCGGUCCGACGCAAUCAGUGUAUCGCGAAGAUUGCACCCAAUGCUUUGACUCUAUCGUAAGAUUCAAUCCAAGAGCUUCUGAUGACCCCACCGGCCUCGAUGUGUGCCUAUACUGCUUCAACGGCGGCUGCACUGGCGAGAAUAACCACAGCCUCCUCCACGUCUCCUCGCGCCAACAUCCUCUCGUACUAAACAUCAAACGUACCCGCAAGAAGGUCAAGCGCGAUGAGCCGCCGCAGAAGAUGUCGAAGCUUGCCAUUGCGGCUGAGACGGAAGCUGACCGCUACGACACCACAACCCAAGUGAAGUGCUAUGAGUGUGGCGUUGAGGAUGUAGAUGAUCAGUCGGGAAAAUUGUCGGAGGUGGUUGCUGCUGUUCUCAAAGCAAAUACGUUCGCAAGGCAAGAGGAAGUCAAGGCCUGGGAGCAGGAGCUUACGGCCUGCGAGCACACACUAUGUCUGGAGCAGGAAACAUCCAGGCAAAUAGAAUCCCAGAAUCUUGGUCACUGCUCGGCCUGCGACCUCAAGGAGAAUCUCUGGCUAUGCCUUACGUGCGGCAAUCUGGGAUGCGGUCGUGCCCAGUUCGGUGGCGUCGGAGGCAAUUCGCAUGGACUGGCACAUACGCAGACAACGAACCAUCCCGUCGCUGUAAAGCUGGGAUCACUUACGGCCGAUGGUACUGCGGAUAUUUACUGUUACGCAUGCGACGAAGAGCGAGUCGAUCCCGAACUUCCUAACCAUCUUUCGCACUGGGGCAUCAACAUCAAGGACCGGAUCAAGACUGAGAAGAGUUUGACGGAGAUGCAAGUGGAACAGAACCUUCUAUGGGAGUUCUCUAUGACCACUGAAGAUGGAAAAGACUUGAGGCCAUUGUUCGGUGCUGGUUUUACCGGACUGAAGAAUCUGGGCAACAGCUGUUAUUUGGCCAGCAUUCUGCAAAGCUUGUUUUCUUUCCCUGAAUUCGCGGACCGUUAUUAUCUUCCUAGACAGUCAGCUCCCGAGACACCCAACCCCGCAGAAGAUCUCGAAACCCAACUGCGUAAAGUUGCGGAUGGUCUCCUUUCUGGAAAAUAUUCCAAGCCUGACAGCGAUGUCUUCGUUUCUGAGCAGACUCCAGAGAAUCAUCAUCAGAAAGGCCUUGCGCCAGCGAUGCUCAAACACCUCAUCGGUCGUGGACACGCUGAAUUCUCGACUAUGCGACAGCAAGACGCUUUUGAACUCUUGCUUCACCUUCUCAAGAUUGUUUCCCGAUCGCAGCAUGUUGCUCCUCAGAAGGACCCCGUCGAUGCAUUCAGAUUCGUCAUGGAGCAGCGAUUACAGUGCACCAACUGCAAGAAGGUCCGCUAUCGCACGGACGAGCAGGAGAAUAUAUCCAUCCCUGUACCUAUUCGACGAGUACCAAAGGACCAGAGCAUGGACGUCACAGACAGUUCGGGCAAAGAGAAGGAAAAGGAGGAAUUCGAGCCAGUGACAUUGAAGGAGUGUCUUGACAUAUUCACAGCUGAUGAGCUGGUGGAGCUAACAUGUGCCUCAUGCAAGAGCAACGCAGGUUUCACGAAAAAGAGCAUGUUCAAGACGUUCCCCGCAGUCUUGGCUGUGAAUGCUCGACGAUUCGAGCUGGUGAACUGGGUUCCAACGAAACAGGACGUUCCCGUCAUAGUAGACGACGAGCCUUUUUCAUUCGAUGCAUACAAGUCUCACGGCCUUCAGGAGAACGAAGAGGAACUCCCGGAGGAUGCUGAUGCCGGCGCUGGAGCCUCAUCGAAGUGGAUACCUAACGAGGGGGCUCUAUCGAUGCUGGAGGCGAUGGGAUUCCCGCGUGUCAGGUGCGAGAAAGCUUUGCACGCAACUGGCAACGCAGACCCAGAGGCUGCUUCGAACUGGCUUUUUGCACAUAUGGAGGACCCGGAUAUCGACACACCUGUGGACUUCAACGCAGGCAGUGGUUCAACAGGCGGUGCUGCAUCAGCCAUUGAUCCCGAGAAAAUCGAGUCACUUGGGGCUAUGGGCUUCAGUGCACCACAGGCGAGACAAGCCUUGAGAGAGACUGGUGGUGACAUGGAGCGUGCUGUCGACUGGCUGUUCAGCCAUCCGGAUGCAGCGGGUGACUUUGAUGAUGGUACCAACACAGAGACAGCUGCAGAACCUGGAGAGAGGGUCUUACCCGGUAGCGAGACGUUGCCCGCCAACUUCCAACUCCAGUCGAUCGUGUGCCACAAAGGAACCUCUAUCCACGCUGGGCAUUACGUUGCAUUUGUUCGAAAACAAAUUCCUGGCGAGCAGUCCGUAUCCUGGGUCCUCUUCAACGACGAGAAGGUCGCAAAAGCAGCCGACAUCGACGAGAUGAAGAAGUUCGCAUAUGUCUAUUUCUUCAGACGUUUGUAA